AUGGCAGGCAUACCAGAAGAAACACACCCCCAUAACCAAUCAUCUCAAGCAGCCAAAGACCCAGAAUCCAAUUCUCCAUCCCUUGCCACUGUUACUGAUCAUCAGGACCUACAGACGCCUCAGCAACCACCGCCACCACAUUCAUCUUCAUCAUCUCCAGCAGAGGAGGAAGACACCAAGAAAUAUGGGACCCACAUCAUGGGAGCCCCAGCAGCCCCAAAUGCCCACCCAGACAACCAGAGAGCCGCCCAAUGGAAAGCAUCUGAUCACCAGCAAAUUCACCACCCCCAGCAGCCCUAUGUCCAGUGCGCUCCCGUAAACAAGCCCAGCAACAACCCUUUUGAGCCUGCGAUCCACGUGUUCAAUUCCUGGAGCGCCAAGGCCGAGACCAUAGCCAGAAACAUCUGGCACAACCUCAAAACAGGGCCCUCUGUUUCUGAAGCUGCCUGGGGGAAGGUCAACUUGACGGCAAAAGCCAUAACUGAAGGUGGAUUUGAGUCUCUAUUUAAGCAGAUUUUCGCGACUGAUCCAAACGAGAAGCUCAAGAAGACCUUCGCCUGCUACCUUUCCAGUUCCACAGGUCCUGUCGCUGGCACUCUGUAUCUCUCAACUGCCAGGCUUGCUUUCUGCAGCGAUCGUCCUUUAACUUUCACUACCCCAUCUGGACAAGCAGCUUGGAGCUACUACAAGGUAAUGAUACCUUUGGCAAAUAUAGGUACAGUGAACCCUGUGGUCAUGAAAGAGAGUCCACCAGAAAAGUACAUUCAGAUUGUCACCAUAGAUGGCCAUGAAUUCUGGUUUAUGGGAUUUAUUAAUUUCGAAAAGGCAUCCCAUCACCUCUUAGACAGUGUCUCAGAUUUCAGAGCAGCUGGGAAUUCUGCGCAACCGGUUGUUGGCUAG